ACUUCCUGUUUGUUGUUGGAGAAAAGGAGAGAAAGGAAAGCGCGAGGAGACGCCGCCACCGCCGCCAGCGCAGCUGUGCCAGAGCCGCGAGGAGACCGGCCGCCCGACUCCCCCCCCUCGCCGGCCGCCGCGUCCUCGGAUUUGUUCCAACAAUCUGUUAAAACAUGGUGGAUUACUAUGAAGUUCUGGGCGUGCAGAGACAUGCCUCACCUGAGGACAUUAAAAAGGCGUAUCGGAAACAGGCACUUAAAUGGCAUCCGGACAAAAAUCCUGAAAAUAAAGAAGAAGCAGAGCGGAAAUUCAAACAAGUAGCUGAGGCAUAUGAGGUGUUAUCGGAUGCAAAAAAGCGGGACAUCUAUGACAAAUACGGCAAAGAAGGAUUAAAUGGUGGAGGAGGAGGUGGAAGUCAUUUCGACAGUCCGUUUGAGUUUGGCUUCACAUUCCGGAAUCCAGAUGAUGUCUUCAGGGAAUUUUUUGGUGGAAGGGACCCAUUUUCAUUUGACUUCUUUGAAGACCCAUUUGAUGACUUUUUUGGGAGCCGAAGGGCUUCCCGAGGAAAUAGAAGCCGAGGUACAGGCUCGUUUUUCUCUGCCUUCAGUGGAUUUCCUUCUUUUGGAGGUGGAUUUCCUGCUUUUGACACAGGAUUCAGUUCAUUCGGGUCACUAGGACAUGGGGGUCUCACUUCAUUCUCUUCAGCAUCAUUUGGUGGCAGCGGAAUGGGCAACUUCAAAUCAAUAUCAACUUCUACCAAGAUAGUUAAUGGCAAAAAAAUCACUACAAAGAGAAUUGUGGAGAAUGGUCAAGAAAGAGUAGAAGUUGAAGAAGACGGGCAGUUAAAGUCCUUGACAAUAAAUGGUGUGGCCGACGAGAACGCCUUUGCAGAAGAAUGCCAUCGGAGAGGCCAGCAGAUACCAGCUCUGGCCCCUGGCCCGGCCCCAGCAACAGUCCGGGCCCUCUCCCCAGCCCGGCCCCCGGCCCCAGCUCCAGCCCCGACUCCGGCCCCUUCUAUCAGCACCCGCACACAGAAGCCACCCAGGCCUGCCCCGACGGCCAAACUUGUGUCUAAAAACAACUGGGAAGAUGAAGAACAGGACAGGCAGCAGGUUCCUGGCAACUGGGAUGCCCCCAUGACCUCAGCAGGGCUCAAGGAAGGUGGCAAGAGGAAGAAGCAGAAGCAGAAAGAGGACUCGAAGAAGAAGAAGUCGACCAAAGGGAACCACUAGGCUGAACUUGGCGGCAGCCGCUGCAGCCGCUCUCAUGUGUGGUGCGCACGUGCACGGCAGCGGCAUCCUUUCGGUGCCGCUUCGCUUAGCAGGAUUAUGGACAUGUGCCCACGGAUCGGUAGGAUCAGGGGUGUUGGAGAUGGAGGUGACAAUUUCGGGUGGCCCGCAUAGUGUAAGCUUGUGACACAUCCUCAGCCUUGUAACUCUGCUUUUCCCCAGCACUAAAUCCGUAGCAUUUUCCUCUUGAGUUGUAAGGAUCUGCCUCAUUCUUUUCAGCAGUCCGAGCCCUGCUCUGUGCACCGAGGUGUUUGUAGCUGUAGGAGUCCAGUAGGGCCCAGUAGGGAGCUGGGUAUGUGUUCAUGACUGUCUCCUGGCGGCGGUACAGUGGGCAGUUUUUAGUACAGCGAAACUUAACAGGUAAUGUAAGCUGCGCCGUGAGCCAUGGGUUUUAGGGUGCUUGAUUCAGUACUCUGGCAACAUAGGCCAUCACUAGCCACUUCAGAUACAGUCUUUCCUUGUACUUAUUGUUCAAUCAACUCUUAAUCUUCUCCAGGUAGUCAAAAACCGACACCAAAUGUAGUUUAGUUUUUGGGAAAUCUCAUCUUUUCUUCUUGGAGAAAUAGUUGUCCUUCAGUCAACAGGUGUUGCCUAGCAAUACCAUUUCUAGCUCUCGUAGGUCAGUGCCGCUGGCUCUUUUACACAGCUACACAGGUGCAUGCAGAAAGAUCAGCCACCGAGCAGAAGCUUGACCUCAGUUCUUCAGAUUGCAAACACUGCCCCUUCACAUCAUCCUGUCACAAAUCCGUGCCAUGCUGCCGUCUAACCUGCCGUUUGCACUGUGAGCACCAGGUGGUUCCAAUGCCGUCUCAUUUCUGGACUACACGUGCCUCUCGGGGAUGUGUUCCUUCCUUUUGGCCAUGAGGAUCUGUUGCUUGGACUUUGUCUUCUUGGAAGAGAGGGCGUCAUUAAAAGUUGGUGGACUUGAGAUGCCAGCACUUGGGUCUAGCAGUGUGGAAAGGGGGAGUUUUGUGACUUAUAGGCAUUGCCGUAGCUAGGAGCCUGGGGCAGAGUCACCUGAGGUUUGAGGGGAUGGCCGUGAAGUGUUUGCUGUGUUUGCUUGGUUUCAGUGGGAGGUGGUGUGGGCAGUUAUCAUGGAGUGUGAAUUGGUAUUAAUGUGUGCUGUGGAAAUGUGACCCACAAGGCAUAAUGUAUUUUAGUGCUACCAACGUAAAUAAAAUGUAAACAUCA